CAUAAUUUCUGGCAACUUGAGAGGCAAUUAGGAAGAGCGUGUGAGAAAACAACAAAAUUCGAAGCAGUACAGAAGCCAACUGAGCAACAAUCUGCUCACAUUCCACGACGACUCUUGGCAUUAAAUUCUCUUUUCGUUCCCCGGUGUUUCCUGCAAGCAUUUGCAAAGACAAUAACUACUCUCUCAUAGUUAUGAGAUACACAGUAUGGCAGCCAAACCCACAUGCGCUCUUUUAUUAUUUACUUACCCUCAAAUUAUUUUCAUUAUUCAAACCCAUCUAGACAUUAUUUAGCCCCUCCAUCUUCUCCUCCUCCUUAUCUUUGCGGAUUUUCUGAUCGAAAAUCUUUGGCUGACGAAACACCUGUUUCUCUAUUAUAUUGCUGUGAAAAGCUUUGUCAAUGGGUUGAUUUGCUGGCUUGAAAAAGGGGGUUUGAGAUACCUUUUGAAAGAGUGUGGAAUCAAAAUACUCUUUCGUAAGGACAUUCUCAUUCUGGGUUUUCUAGUUUUGAGAUUGUUGUACAUUUUGUGUGGAAUAGUAAUAGCUGGACAUUAUGAAAGCUUCUGGGUUAUGGGUCUCGCUCGUGGCGGUUGGAACAACUUUAUUGUUUGUCAGCUUCACUGGCAGCGUAACUGGCUUCUAUGUUCCUGAAUUGCAUUUUAGCUACCAUGGUGAAGGUACAACAACGAAAGCAAUAAGCAGGAAGCUUAAGGAGAAUGACUAUAAUCCGAGCACGCUGGAGAUCAUGAAAGACGCUCACACUGUAACUCUAGAGGAUUACCACCCCAUUGAUCCAGUUCCAAGUUCAAAAGCUUCUAUUAAACCUGGGCCAAUCGAACAUGGCAGUCCUAUAAUCCCAUUCAUUCCAAAGCCUUCACCUCCAGGACAUCCCUAAAGUGAUAAAAGAGUAUGGAAUAUAUGCAUGCUUUAGCGUGGUCAUCAAGAUCUGUGCUUCUGGGUAUAUCUAUUUGUAUGAAAGAAUGUUGCUAUUUUGUUUGAAGUUGUUUUAACCUCUAAUGUAUUAUGUUAUGCUGAUGCAGCCAAUCAAAUUACCAUGUAUGAAUGAUAUAUGUACUUGUGCAUGUCACUUCCAUGUGGAUUCCUUGUCCCAUCCUUUAAAAAUUAAUAGUAGAGGUAUUCUGUGCAAGUUGAUUUUUC